AUGGCACCCGCUGCAUCGAGAGGGGAUGUCACCCUGAAUGACGCGCUUGAUGCCAUCACUGGAGGCACGCUAAAGGUCAGGGGCACUGGCUUGGACGACUUAAUCUUUCUCCUCGAUGAGAAGAAAGCCAAGACAGCCAACCUGCGGCUGAACAACCUUAGAUCCAUUCUGGCCGAUAAGCACUACCAUCGCAUCUUCGAGGCUCUUUUCAGAUGUGCCAUUACAGAAAAGCAGAGCUACUACAGCGGAAAGAAAACCACGGCAGCAUCUGCUGCCACACGGCUAUCCAAGUGCGCUGAGGCUCUCCGCCUGGCUUUGAAUCAUGGGGCCUCCAAGUUGAAACGCAAGACGGUACUUGCAGUCAUCGACCACAUCACACAGACGCUGCCGGGGCCAGACAACAACUCCCAUGAGAUGGUGGAACCGCUCCUGCAGAACUACAUCAAGGCCAUCGCUGCUCUCUUAUCUCACCAGGCUAAUGUCGAACACCUCGCCACGUUUGAGGGAAAUGGUGAGGGCUGGUUGGAUUGCAUCGACUUCUGCCUUGAUUCGAUGACAACCUACCUCGAUGGUAACGAACACGACACAGGCGCAAGCGCCCGCGCAUCCCCCGCACCAGGAACGUUCUCAACACUGCGGUCUACUCUUACUAGCACAGCGAGUCAAAAACAACCGACACAAUUUCAUCGCAGUACACUACAGGACUUGCUGCACUGCCUAUACCUCCUCGUCACGCCGCCAAACGCACCUAUUGCUAGGAGGUCCAAGCCAAUAGCAAAGACUCUUGUACAAGUCUUGAGCUUGAGACACCUCGGCCUGAGUCGGAUCACCCAUCUUGCAUUCUCUUCUCUCAACAUCAUCCUGACAAGUACUCAAUCUAAUGACCUUGUUCGAACCAAAGCUUUGGCCGCAGACGUCGCGCCGCUCAUCAGCCACUGGUGGCAAGGUCGAACGGUUUCGAAGGACGAGAUGCUCAACUCUGUGCGAGAUGAGAUGCUAAAGACCAUAUUUGCCAUACAUCUGCAUCUAGAACGACUGCUACAGGAUGGAGAAGACUUGUCAAUCAAAGGUGACGUGGAAGAUCUCUUCGACACUUUGUGGUUAGAGUACACGAGGCGCAAUGAACAAUCGCAGCUGCAUAUCGAUGACAUUAGCUUCACAAUAACAACCCCUGACGACUUCUUCCGUCUCCGCUCAUUCGGUCUCCGCCCACACAAUCAAGACGGCGAGCGCAAGUGGGCGAUGCUCCAAGUAUUAGCAUUCCUUGAGAAAGCUUUGUGGAAUACUCAAGUCCCUCGGCAAUCGCAACAUGAAAUUGGAACAGAAGAAAUCGAGCAGCCCCGCAAAAAGAAACGUCGAAUCGACGCAGCAAACGACCGCCUUCAGGGCAGGCUGAAGUCUCCCAGUACCGGGGUUCGACGAGCUACUUUGCAACUAAUACCUUUUCUUCUGGGCCUCGACUCCAUUUCUGCCCGGGAAGUCCUGAAUCUUCAUACUGAGCUGCUUAGCCUUUUAGGCGAGGCCGGGUCCACAGCCUCGUGGGCCAUGGUGGCAUACAGUUGUGUUGCUGAAGGUCUCGGAAAGGGUCACGAAGAUAAUACUUCAACUUGGCGUCCGGUCUGGCAACUCAGCGCAAGAGCUGUCAGUCUUCCAGCCACAUGUCGCGCUGCUUGUCAUUUGAUGCGAUCUAUCCUAGUUUUCGAGAUGCUCACGUAUCACAGCGUCUCAGACGAGAUCACAAGCAUUGUCACAACCGCCGAUGUGAACGGGCCUGCGAUCCUAGUUGAUUCCUCUAUAGCAUUGAUGCUGCAACUUAUACUCCUCCGUGGCGUCAAGCUGCCAAACCAGAAUCAGUCAACCUCGCAUCACGUCAUCCGGUGGGUUUUCCUGCGCUGGAAACCAGCUGAUGUGGCAUUUGCCUCGCUUCACUCUCCCCACGUACACCCGGCAGAACUCGCCAACUUGGUCAGAGCUUGUUGUGGAACUGAAAUGCUUCCUAUUCAAUCACGGCCUGUGUCGGGAACCACAAUCUCUCAGGCAUGGAGCGCGUAUCAGCAGACUGCCCCUGUUACAAGCUUUCUGCUCUUAUUGUCCAGCACCGCCUCAACAGCUGAAGAGGAUUAUCGAGCUUCUCAAGGCAAUAACAUAGUCCUUGCGCAUGAUUCGACCAAUAUACACACAACCCAGAGGCUGAUCCUCGAACUGCUGUUCCCCAAAAUCGAAGAACUACAAGAGGUCUGUCGAUCAUGGGGCAAGAGAGAAGGCAGCUCACAAUUGUCACUCGAGAAAUUACAGAGUUUAUUUUCUGCUUGUGUCGUUGGUACACUAUUAAUUCCACAGGUGGAGCAACUCAACUCCCGACAGUCCAGAGAUAUUGAGGCAGCAACCUUCACACUUCUAGACUCAACAUUGGACGCCGUUCUCAGCGCUCCUGAGAAUCAAGCCUUCUUCGAGCUUCUUCUCGGAGAAACGUCCCUCCAUGUACCUGCACUCAAGACGGCCGAGCUUGGAAAAUUUGUCUUGCACUGCCCCUACCUCUUGCGUCUUCUCUCCCGCUGUGCCGUAACACUUCGUCAGCGAUCAGCCAGAGAGCCAUCGGGUCGAAAUAUUGAUUUCAUGGACCUAGACGAUGAGUUCGACUCGCAAGAAAGCGGAACAAGUAACUCCGUCAAGAUACCCGAUGUCCCUCGUCGCAGCGCAGCCCUACAAUGGAACAGUGAAGCCUUCUAUCUUUCGACUGCCUUGCGACUUUACUUCCUCGAGGCUAUCGAUAAAGACAGAGAAAAGAUCGGUUUUGUUCCAGAGCCUUUCUUUCAGCAACUGUCCAGUCUCUCCAGACAAGACUUUCUGUUGUCCACGGCCGUCACAUCUGAAGUGUUCAAUUCAGACUUCACUAUCAAGCCGGACGAAGCGCUUGUGAUCGUUGAGAAGCUUGGUGAGAUGAUUGGAGAGAUGGAGUACACCUGCUGUGAGACGAUACACUCCAUGAGCCUCAGCAUCAUCAAAGGACUUUUGCGCGUCUGGUCAGACAGCAAACACGACGUGGCUACUUUUGUCGGCGACCUCUAUCACUAUUUCGUCAAGGCAUCCCUCCCGAAGAAUAGUCUUUCACCUCGGUCCCAGAUCGCACUGGCUGAGCUUCUAUUUUGCCUGCUACGGGAGGAUCCUCAGUAUGGCAGCAGUCUCGGGCUUGCCUCUUGCCGUACUACCCUCCUUUCAAUUCUACAACAGGGAAGUAUGACCGUCAAGUAUUUCAUAGCCAUGCGCUUGCCUGAGAUAUUCGCCCUAUAUGUGCUCAAGACGCAUGACGAAGUAUUUCUGGAUGUCUUAGAGAGUUUGCCUACGGAUCCCGGACAGAUCGAAGGGAUCGGAUUUCGAAUCCUGGUUCUGUCGGAACUUGCUUGUCGGUGGCCAACGCUCCUCCGCAGAUGCACAUAUCACAUCUUCGAGACUCCAGGCAAGAUAAAACAGUCUAGCCAGUACGCCACUCGAUGUCUAGCUAAGGUCUCAACCGCCCUACAGCUGGAAUCACCCAAGGAGCUCUUCAGGAUUUUCAGCCCUCAGCUGUUCUACACUUGGCUCGACGGUGAUGAACUUGAAGAGAUGCCGUUUGAAAUUUUCGGAUUCACGAGUCUCGAGGACAUGCUCAAGACGGCACAAUCUGAGGCUGCAGCACUAAUGUUCAUGCGAGGUCAGGAAGAAAGCACUGCCAGGCUUGCCAAGAGACUUUCCAUUACCCCAGCUACAAUGAUCAAGCAAGGCUUCUCGAAGAUCGCAGCCUAUGCAAUGGCUCACGAUACCAGCGCAGGCAACUCCAUUACGGCAGCGGAAAGUCGUAUCCGCAAGACCUUGGGCAAGGAACCAUAUCUUGACGCGAUUUACGCCAAUUUCGUCGACAUAAUCGCAGUCUUCUUCGACGUGUUCGACCAAGAAGACCCGAUGGACAAGUACUUCGGAAAAGACGAAAACUUUGCCUACGCCGCCAUUGCCAUGUCGGAGAUGAAGAGUUUCUCCCAUUCGGAUGUUACUCUUCCGGCAAAUCAGCAGCCAAUGUUCAAAGGGAAGCAUCUUCUCAGACAACUUUUUCAUCUCUGUAAUCGGACGGAGUACGAGUUGCAAAGCAUAUGGACUCCAGCUUUGGUGGUGUGCGUAGCCCGAAGGUUAUUCAACACCGUUCACCCAGCGCUGGGGUCCUUGCAUGCUUGUUCCGUGUUGCGCAAAGUUCGCAUUCUCAUUUGCCUGGCUGGCCCCAUUGCGCUCGAUGUGUACGCCCUCGAGAUGCUCCUACACUCUAUUCGGCCCUUUAUCGUCGACUCUGAAUGUGCAGAUGACGCGUUAGGAGUCACACAAUACCUCAUCAGUAAGGGAGCUGAGCAUCUUGAGCAAUCACCCUGCUUCCUCGCAGGAUAUGCUCUCUCGACUCUCGCAUCUCUGCGUGUCUUCCUCGAAUCAAGCCAGUCAAGCACCACACAAGAAAGCCAGUUCAAAGCCACCAUGAAUAAGGCUCAACAUUUCCACGCUUGGUUUUCCAACUUUCUUGCACAAUACGAUUCUCCGUCUUUCAAAAGUCAAGACCAGAAAAACUCCUUCAAGUCAAUUACACAAUCCGCCUCGAAUAUUCGAACGUCUGGCAAUGCGGAGAGCGGCACUCACGAAAGCACACUUCUUCUGGAAAUCCUGAAAGAUGAUGAUUGCGAGCAGAAACUGUUGAACGAGGCUGCCCGAGAUCUCGCCCUUGGUCUGCUCUGUGGGGACUUUGUCAUUCCACCAUCUGCGAGAUACGAUGUCAUUAGCGAUGACGAAAAAGCUCUCCACCACGGCGGCCUAGUUUUGAAGAGCUGCAAAGCUCAGGCUCUCAGCAAUGAAUAUCUAGCAUGGGCUGGACGUGUUGUCGGCAGAGCUUUUGCUGCCUCUGGAGAGAUUGAGCCAGAACUGCUCCGCGAAUCGCAGCUGUCGAGCAGCCUCAAGCUAGCUCCUGGAGCUAAUGGCUCAGAGCGAGGGCUCUUUACUCUGUUACAGCAGCUCACAGUGAGCAAAGACUCAUUCACCGCAGGGCUGGCAGAGUCUGCUUUGAGGGCUGUGGUUUCGGAAGCUGCAGCAGAGGAGGAUGAGCUUUUGACCACCGCUGCCCAGAAGACACUGCCCGAGCCCUUGUAUCUUGCCUCCACCUGGCAACCUUAUCGAACGCCACCAUCAGACACUGCUUCACAACGAGUGCAACAGGAUGAGUUUUCUUCUACUAUGGAAGACAUAGAGGAUGCAGGUUGGAUCCGAAAAGUGGUCACGUAUCUGGUCCAGGCUGUCCCCGAGUUCAUCAUUUUGAGCGAGCUACUGCCCAUUUUGACACAUGUCAAAGGCUUCGCUGAGAAGGCUCUUCCUUUUAUCCUCCACUUAGCUCUCUGUGGCCAAAUGGAAAAGCAGCAAAGUGCCAGAAAAUACCUUUCUGACGCCUUGAAGGAGUGGCUCGCAGUCUCCAGCGAGUCAUCUCAUCACAACCAGAAGCACCUACUCAACGCUCUGCUCUAUCUCCGAACACAACCAUUGCCAAAUGAGUCUUCCAUUGCGGACCGCGCCAGUUGGCUAGAUGUUGACUUCUCUUCCGCCGCCGGUGCUGCAUCAAGGUGUGGAAUGCACAAAACUGCCCUCCUGUUCUUUGAGGUAGCAGCUUCCCAAGUCACCCGAGCAUCACGCAGGUCAUCUACUAUCCGGGAGUCUCAUACACCUAGCGUGUUACUCAGUAUCUUUGAAAACAUUGAUGAUCCCGAUGCUUACUACGGCUUGCCGCAGACUUCCAGUCUAUCGAACGUGAUGGCGCGUUUGGAAUACGAAAAUGACGGGUCCAAGAGCCUAGCCUUCCGCGGAGCCCAGUUCGAUAGCCACAUCCAGUCCAAAGACCCAGCCUCGCAGAACGAUGGCCUGUCAAUGGUCAAGGCUCUGAGUACACUGGGUUUAUCAGGGCUCUCGCAUGCUCUUCUGCAAACCCAAAGUCUUGUCGAAAACACGAAUUCGCUUGAAAGCACCUUUGGCACCGCCAGAAGGCUGGAAAUCUGGAAUCUGCCAGCACCAAAUUCGAGUGAGAACCAUGCGGUCUCCGUUUACAAAGCAUUUCAAAGCAUUCACCAAGCCAAUGAUUCUUCGGCAAUCCGGCAGGCGAUUUACGAUGGGUUUGGACGAACAAUGGCCAGUCUGACCAGUCGCGGCCUGAAUGCCGCCAACUUGAGGCAUCAUCUUGGGGCGCUUGCUGUGUUGGCCGAACUCGAUGACGUGGUCAAUGUCGCGGACUUUGGAGAGCUUGAGGCUCUGCUUGACCGUUUCGAAAACCAUGGCGAAUGGAUGAAGCGAGGGAGGUAUGACGACGUCAGUCAGCUCCUGUCGUCGCGUGGUACCACGUUGAGCUUGCUGAGCCAACAGCCAAAAUUGCGAGCAGCAGCCAAUCUUUCUAUAAGCCAAGCACGACAAAUCGAAGUCCGCUGCAAGCUCACAUCAUCUGGCAUCUACCGUUUCCAUCGCGCUACUCAAGAAUCACUCAACAUAUCAACAUCUUUAACAAAUUUGAUAGUGCCGAGCGAACAUCUGGGACUGAAUUUUGAUGCAGCCGCCAAGAUAGAGUCAGCCAACUCACUCUGGGAUCACGGCGAGAUGGUCUCGUCGAUCAGGAUGCUGCAGAGCAUCGACAACGACUCCGUAUUCAAGAAACAGAGUAUCCCGGUCAGUCGUUCUGAUCUACUGUCCAAAAUAGGCUACCAAAUUUCAGUAGCCAAAUUGGAGAAGCCACAUGACAUCCAGAGGAAGUAUCUUGAGCCUGCCUUGAAGGAGUUGAAGGGACGCACCGACGGCAAGGACGCGGGCAAAGUCUUUCACCAAUUCGCCAUGUUUUGUGAUGAACAACUGCAAAACUCCGAUGGGCUUGAUGAUUUGGCAAGAUUACAGAAUCUGAAGAAGGGCAAAAGCGACGAAGUUGCACAGUUGCGGUCUUUGAUUUCCAGUGAAAAGAACUCGCAAACGAAAUCCAGAUACUCAUCCCACCUUACCAGAGCGCAACAGUGGUUGCAUCUCGACGAGCAGGAGCUUCGCCGGGUAGAGCAGACGAGGAGCGAAUUCGUGCGCCUGAGUCUAGAGAACUAUCUCCUUUCUCUCAUCGCAUCCGACGAACACAACAACGAUGCACUGCGCUUCACGGCCCUGUGGCUUGAAAGAUCGGACGACGAUUCCACCAACGACGCCGUUCGGAGACACCUCGACAAGGUUCCCACCCGAAAAUUUGCAACUCUCAUGAAUCAGCUAUGCUCCCGUCUGCAGGACCAGUCAAACGUGUUUCAGAGGCUUUUGAUCAACCUUGUCUAUAACAUAUGUAUAGACCACCCAUACCACAGCAUGUAUCAGGUCUGGUCUGGCGUCAAGGUAAAAGCAAACAGCAAAGACGAGGUGGCAGUGCUGCGACAUAAGGCAACCAACAAAGUCAAAGAUCAACUAGAGAAACACCCUACGCAGGGCGCAAUCUGGCAUGCCAUUGACAGAACAAACGGGCACUAUCACCGACUGGCGGUUGACCGUGACAACCCAAAGUACAAAGCAGGGCACAAGAUCAACCUCAAGGAGACGACUUCGGGCAACUACCUCGUGGCUGCUCUGAAUAAGUACCAAAUCCCGCCACCGACGAUGCAGCUCGAAUUGUCGGCGGACAAGGACUACUCCAAGGUCCCAAUCAUAGCGAGGCUCGAGCCGCAGAUGUCGAUUGCUUCGGGGGUAAGCGCUCCAAAGAUCAUCACCGCAGUUGGCACGGAUGGCGUGCGAUACAAGCAAUUGGUCAAGGGAGGCAACGACGACCUCCGCCAAGAUGCCAUCAUGGAACAGGUGUUUGCUGCCGUAUCAUCUUUGCUCAAGCUGCAUCGCGAGACCCAGCGGCGCAAUUUGGGCAUUCGCACAUACAAGGUCUUGCCUCUGACAUCGGCUUCAGGCCUCAUCGAGUUUGUCCCGAAUACCAUCCCGCUUCAUGAAUUCCUCAUGCCUGCCCAUGAGCGGUAUUAUCCAAAAGACCUCAAGGGAAGUCAAUGCAGAAAGGAGAUCUCUGCGGUGCAGGGCAAAUCUGUGGACGCGAGGGUCAGUGCCUACCGUAAAGUCAAGGAACGUUUUCAUCCUGUCAUGAAGUACUUCUUUAUGGAAUACUUUGUAGACCCCGAUGAGUGGUUCGUCAAGCGAACUGCCUACACGCGAACCACCGCCGCGAUCUCGAUGCUGGGACACAUUCUUGGUCUAGGCGAUCGGCACGGGCACAACAUUCUGCUGGACAAUAAGACAGGCGAGGUGGUUCACAUCGAUCUGGGUGUAGCGUUUGAGAUGGGCCGCGUGCUGCCGGUGCCCGAGCUGGUGCCGUUCAGACUGACGAGGGAUAUCGAAGAUGGUAUGGGCGUCACCAAAGAGGGUGUGUUCCAGCGUUGUUGCGAGUUCACGCUCGAUGCGCUACGGGAGGAGACGUACAGUAUCAUGACCAUCCUUGAUGUUCUGCGGUACGAUCCUCUGUACUCCUGGUCUAUAUCACCGGUACGGUUAGCAAAGUUGCAGGGUGGCAGCGGGGAUGGGGAUGACGACGUGGCUGGAAGGGGAAAGACGAGGGUGAACGAGCCUUCGGAGGCAGACAGGGCGCUGGAAGUGGUGCGCAAGAAGCUUUCAAAGACAUUGAGUGUCACAGCGACGGUCAACGAUUUGAUCAACCAGGCCACGGAUGAGCGGAACCUGGCUGUAUUAUACUCAGGUUGGGCCGCCUAUGCAUAG